UUUCAGCGAGUUUUCCAGCUAGAAGAGGCUCUGUUGCCACAUCUUUGAUGCUCAAUCCAAGCAAAGUCGGGCAAAAUAGUCAAAAAGUUAACGAAAAACGCGCCACGAAUUCCACAACCCCUGAUGAUGAUGAACAAGUGCCUAAACGUCGCCUCAUAAGAAGUCAAAGCGCUAAAUCUGAACCAAUGGAUAAUUCAGCAGAUAAUAAGUAUAUAAUGAGUAUCCCACAAUCUCAAGAGGAAAUUUCGAAGGAAACCGAGAUAUCGGUAAACCUAAAAGCCACGGAAUUAAAUUCAGAAGAAACCGAAAGUAGUGAAGACUCUGGAAUAAGUGAAGAUAUAAAAUUGCAAGAAUCCACAGAAAAAGACAAAGGGAAUGAAGAACAAGAAAAAGAAGCGGGCGAUGGAGAACCGAAAUUUGAAUCCGCAAAGGAAAAGCAGUGUUGGGAUAUGUUUUGUAAAAUGUCUGGAAAAGGAAUUAAUGUGUCGUAUGAUACGAUUUUAAGGGGCAUACUGACACCAACUGAGUACAGAAUUAGCAGAAAAGGAAGCAUUGUGGCUUCAUUUGAUAAAGAUAGCGUUCCAUAAUACUUCAUUUUAGAGGUGGUCCAGUCAAAUUGUAUAUUUAAGCUUAACUAAAAUCUAAACCCGACAUUUUGAAGCUGUGUAAACAGAUUUUUGUAUUUGAUUAUCUCCGUAAAUAUGC